AUGAAGUUCCAGCUCCUCUCCGUCGCUGCUGCCGCCGCUGUUGCUUCUGCCCAGGGCCUUUCGUCUGGGUGCACCACCCAAGUUGGGCUCCUCGCUUUCGGUGAUCUGGGACAGUGUCUCCAGCUCACUCAGAUCCUUUCGGUCUUCUCUUCCACCUCGGGAUCAGUGAUUACCCCGCUCAACAACUACCUCAACUCGCUCUGCGCGUCCAGCACCCCCCGGUGCUCCAACGCCACCCUCACCAGCGCCAACAGCACCAUCCAGUCUGCGUGCGCUUCGGACGCCUCGGGCGGUGGACAGGCUGCCACCAUCAUCCAGACUGUGGGAUCUGUUCUCCAGUCAUACCCAUACUUCAUCACCGCCGCUUGCUCCAAGAACACCACCACCAACAACUUCUGUCUCACCGACACCUUGACCGCCGUCCAGAACGCCACCGGCCAGGACGUCUCCUUCUCCACCGUCUCGUCGCUGCUUAGCGGUGGCUCGGCCGGGAUUGCCGGUCUCAGCCAGUCCCUCUCUGGUGGCCAGCUCUGCACUGGCUGCGUCAGCGGUUUCUACCAGCAGGCCAUUGCUGCUAACGCCACCAUCACCACCCUCCCCGCUGCGUCCGCCAUCCAGUCCCAGUGUGGCAGCAACUUUGGCCGCAUGGUGACCGGUGUCUCGUCUUCCGCUCCCGCUGCUUCCGGCACCGGCGCAUCUGGUGCCGCCAGCUCGAGCGCUGCCGCCUCGUCAUCCCGCGCCGCUGGUUUCAUGACCGCGAACACCGCCAUCUCCUUCCCUGCUGUUGCCGCCGCACUUUCGAUUGUUGGCGGUAUCGCCGUCGGUGGUCUUGCCGUCAUGUAA